GGGGUGAAAGGAGAGGUGUAACGACCCGCGGGCGGAGGGACGAUAUGAUGACUAUGAAGAGGAGGGAGUCAGACAAGGAGAGGGUAAAGGCCAUGCCGCCCCCUGGGAAAGUUCCCCGAAAGGAAAACCUGGGGCUGCAGUGUGAGUGGGGGUCCUGCUCCUUUGUGUGCUCGGCCAUGGAGGAGUUCUGUGAGCAUGUCACUCAGCACCUGCAGCAGCACCUCCACGGCUCUGAGGAGGAGGAGGAGGAAGAGGAGGAUGACCUGCUGGAGGAAGAAUUCUCCUGCUUGUGGCAAGAAUGUGGCUUUUGUUCUCUGGAUAGUUCUGCUGACCUCAUCCGCCAUGUCUACUUCCACUGCUACCACACCAAGCUGAAACAGUGGGGGCUGCAGGCCUUGCAAAGCCAGGCUGACCUCAGCCCCUGCAUCCUGGACUUCCAGAGCCGGAAUGUCAUCCCUGAUAUCCCUGACCACUUUCUGUGUCUGUGGGAGCAUUGUGAGAGCUCCUUCGACAAUCCUGAGUGGUUCUAUCGGCAUGUGGAAGCACACAGCCUGUGCUGUGAAUACCAAGCCGUUGGCAAGGAUAACCACGUGGUGCUGUGCGGCUGGAAAGAGUGUACCUGCACCUUCAAGGACCGCUGUAAGCUUCGAGAGCACCUCCGCAGCCAUACCCAGGAGAAGGUGGUGGCCUGCCCUACAUGUGGAGGCAUGUUUGCCAACAACACGAAGUUCUUAGAUCAUAUCCGUCGUCAGACCUCACUGGAUCAGCAACGCUUCCAGUGCUCUCACUGUUCCAAGAGAUUUGCCACAGAGCGGCUGUUGCGGGACCACAUGCGUAAUCACGUGAAUCACUACAAGUGCCCUCUGUGUGACAUGACCUGCCCUCUGCCUUCCUCCCUCCGCAACCAUAUGCGCUUUCGCCACAGUGAGGACCGGCCCUUUAAAUGUGACUAUUGUGACUACAGCUGCAAGAACCUGAUUGACCUUCGGAAGCACCUAGAUACCCAUAGCAAGGAGCCAGCCUACAGGUGUGAUUUUGAGAACUGCAGCUUCAGUGCCCGAUCCCUCUGCUCCAUCAAGUCCCAUUUCCGCAAAGUACAUGAAGGAGACUCAGAGCCAAGGUACAAAUGUCACGUGUGUGACAAAUGCUUCACACGGGGCAACAACCUCACUGUGCAUCUUCGUAAGAAGCACCAGUUCAAAUGGCCCUCAGGGCACCCCCGUUUUCGGUACAAGGAGCAUGAAGAUGGCUACAUGCGGCUGCAGCUGGUUCGCUAUGAGAGCGUAGAGCUGACACAGCAGCUGUUACGGCAGCCACAAGAUGGAUCGGGCCUGGGAGCUUCACUGCAUGAGAGCAGCCUGCAGGGCAUCCUUCUAGAAACAGUGCCAGGGGAUCCAGGACCUGAGGAAGAGGCUGAAGAGGAAGAAGAGGGUGGGGGUGGUGAGGGGACAGCCCUAUCAGCCCCUCAGGACACCCCCAGCCCUGUCAUCCAUGUGGUGAAUCAGACCAAUGCCGAAGGUCAGCGAGAGAUUGUCUACUAUGUGCUGUCUGAAGCCCCAGGGGAGCCUCCCCCUCCCACUGAGCUACCCUCAGGGGGAAUCAUGGAAAAACUUGAGGGAACAGCUGAGGAGCCCAAGGUCCAGAUGAUGUGACCACUGCAGAGCCUGACCAUUCCUACCUCAGGCCUCAAGGUUUGAGCCGGGUGGUGGCAGCAUACCUAAUGGGCAGCUCUUGGCAAUGGAUGCCUCAGAGUGGUGCUGGGAGCAGCAUGCUUCCACUCUGGACCAGGCUCGAAUCAUUCUGCUGACUAAGGACUUCUGUUACUGCCAGACCAUGUCUUGUGGGGAUCCUGAGGAGUUUGGAUUCUAUUAGGGGGACGUCAUGAAUGUGUGUAUUCUUGGUUAGGGGAGAUAUUAUCAGGCUUAACUGUAAACCGCCUACACAUGCUGGACAAUAAUUAAAAUCCAUAGUGAACCCACCUUCGUUCCCAUCUUUAAGGGUUCUUAGGCCCAGGGGUGACCUGUAACUGUCCCCUACAAGGGCCGUUUCCUUGCAACCAGCCAAGGCAUUGAGAACGAGACAGCCAUUUCCUUCUUAAGGGUUCUUCCAACAACCCCAAGGACUUUCGUGGUUAUCCUCAGGGACGGGAUUGGAGGCACUGAGUAUGUGUGUAGCAAUUGUUUUUUGGUAAUAAAAGAAACACUUGG